GCGAGAGGGCCCAGGGCUGGGUCGGAAAAGCUGCCUCACUGCACCGCCCUGCCCCUCCCGCCCCACGCUCCGGCCCAGGCCUCCGGUACAAUUUCGCUGCUCCUUCCCGCAGGCUGCGCCUGCAGCGGCUUCACCGAAAAUGUCCCAGCCGGGCCCGCAGCCCACCGCCUCUCCUAGGCCCCGGCGAGGCGCCGCAGCUCGCCACACCCAAGAGCAUGUUACUGAAAAGAAUAUUGGAUCAUCUUCUAAACCAGGAGAAAAGAAAGGAUCAGAUGAGAAAAAAGCAGCAAGUGCGGGCAGUAGCCAGCCUUCCAGAGCCCAUGCUGGUGGAGCCACCACAGCCACCAAGGUGACAGCUUCCUCUGCUGCCAGCUGCAAGUCUCCCAGUAUGAGUUCCACAGAAGCUAAGGUCCUUGCAGUCAGCAAACAGAUGGAAGGACCACAUCCACCUGACAAGAAAAGGCACAGAAAACAGGCAGUGAAAACGGAGUCUGAGAAGUCACAACCAAGUGAGAACGAAACAAAGGAGAAAAGAUCAAGCAGAGGAGAUGGUCUGCCACCUAUGGUUCAUGAGAAAAAGUCUCAAGAGAGAAAAGCAAAGGAAGGUCUGGAGCCCCCAAACGUUCCCAAGCCUGCAUCAGAUACAAGAAGUACACGUGCUCAUAAAGAAAAAACAGUUUCCAGAUCAAAUGAGCAGAUGGUAUCCGAGAAGUCAGCAGACCCAAAAACAAAAUCAGAAGAUAUUCCUUCUGCGGGUGGAGGGAAGAUGGUUGCAGGUGUGACUGUGGCUGAGGCAUCGGACAAGGCGAUCGAUAAGAAAAAAGAAGAGAAAUCAUUAACACCAGCUUCAUCAGUGGCGUCCAAACUGACUAAGCCAGCUGACAAGUCAGGCAUGGAUGCUGCUUUGGAUGACCUGAUAGACUCUUUAGGUGAACCUGAGGAUUCUAAGAAAGAUGAUCCACCAUACACUGGACCAGUAGUUUUGGACCCAAUGUAUUCUACCUAUACUGAGGAAUUGGGUAAAAAGGAAGGGACUAUUCCUCCAGAGUACAGGAAACUUCUGGAUAAAAAAGAAGGGAUUGCCACACCUCCUCCAGAAUCCCCUAAACCCAUGGGGACUGAUGAUGCUAUAGAUGCCUUGUCAUCUGAUUUCACCUGUAGUUCUCCGACUGGAAAGCAAACUGAGAAAGAGAAAUCUACAGGGGAAGUUCUGAAAGCGCAGUCUGCAGGAGUGACUAGAAGUGCAGUUUCUCCCCAGGAGAAGAAAAAGAAGAUUGAAGAGGAGGUCAUGAGUGAUCAAGCCGUGCAAGCUCUGUCAGAUUCACUAAGCACAAGGCAGCCAGACCCCGAGAGCCAUCCUAGCCCAGUUCAUCAAGUCAAAGAGGAAAAAAGAAAGGAAAAAAAGCAGGAGAAGUGUGGCGAAGAUGAUGACACAGUCCCCUCUGAGUACAGGUUAAAGCCAGCUACGGAUAAAGAUGGGAAACCACUAUUGCCAGAGCCUGAAGAAAAGUCUAAGUGCCUGAGUGAGUCAGAGCUAAUUGGGAAGCUUUCAGAAGAUUUUGGCCAAUCUACUUAUCAAGACAAACCAUCUAUGCCAGCUGAGAAAAUACAAAAAUCUAAGGAAACAUCUCCAACUCCUGUGGCAGAGCCUGUGCUUCGGGCCUCCAUGUGCAGCAUACAGACGCCACCACCCAAACCAACAUCCUCGAAGGGCAUGAUGCCAGAUGAUGCUGUAGAAGCCUUGGCUGGAAGCCUGGGGAAACGGGAAGCAGAUCCAGAAGAUGAAAAACCUCUAGUGGAUAAAGUCAAGGAGAAAGCUAAAGAAGAAGACCAUGAGAAACUUGGUGAAAAAGAAGAAACAAUUCCUCCUGAUUAUAGACUAGAGGAGGUUAAGGGUAAGGAUGGAAAACCACUCCUACCAAAACAGCCCAGGGAGCAAGUUCCACCCUUGAGUGAUGACUUCCUACUUGAUGCAUUGUCUCAGGACUUCUCCAGUCCUGUAAACAUACCAUCUCUUGAAUUUGAAGAUGCCAAACUCUCUGCUGCCAUUUCUGAAGUGGUUUCCCAGACGCCUGCUCCUAGCACCUAUGCAGCAGCCCUACCACCUGACACUGAGCAGAGCAACAAAGACAUCGAUGAAGCCUUGGAUAAACUUUCUGACAGUCUUGGGCAAAGAGAGCCUGACCCAGAUGAGAAUAAGCCACUGGAUGAUAAAGUGAAGGAAAAAGUCAAAAUGGAACAUAGGGAGAAACUGGGAGAAAGAGAUGACACCAUCCCACCUGAAUAUAGGCACCUCCUGGACAAUGAUGGGCAGGACAAACCAGAGAAGCCACCGACAAAGAAAUCAAAGAAGCCAGAUCAGGACCAGGACCCCAUAGAUGCCCUCUCAGAAGAUUUGGAUAACUGCCCCUCAACUGCAAAGACAUCACAGAAUACAGCAAAGGAGAAGAGCAAGAAGACUUCGGGUUCCAAAACACCGAAGAAGGGAGUGAAAACAAAGGAUUCCUCCAAGACAGAGGAAGUGUCCAAGCCAAAGGCUGACGAAAAUGCAAGCUAAAGUUCACAUAUUUGGGGAUCUAAAUAGAAAUUCUUCAGUUGGUGGACGGUGACUUUUGAAGAACAAAGGCUUUGGUGACAAUUUUUCUGGGUGGCAUCUAGACAGUGGUAUUUGUUAUAUCUUUUGACAUCUCAGACAUUGGUUUGAUUUUUUUUUUUCCAGAAAGAAAAUGAAUUUGUCUGGGUCACUUGUGUUCUGUAUUGAGUAUUGAUACCUUUCAAAGAUUUUUAAUUACCUUUGGGUGGGAGAAGGAAGCUUUAUAUUUGUAAGAAAUAUAUUUGAUAGUUUGCUAAAAUGCCAAAAAUCCCAAAAAAACCUUUGCAGACUUUUGCACAUUAUACACACAGUGCCUAUAAAUCUCAUUAGUAUUUUUGGUUUGCAUUUAAUUUUUUUAGCAUUUGAAAAGUAAUGUUCUCUUCUUUUGUCAGUAUUCUGAUUCCUUAUUACUUUUUUUUCCUCUUGGGCUUUUGAACUGUAUUUGAUGUAUCUUUGGGUUAAUGUUGAUAACCCAAAUAUAAAAUAUUGUACAUUGGGCACAUUACUAUUUUGGGGCUGCUAAUAAAUUAAUGAUGAAUAACC